CAUAUUAUCAAUCAAUCCAUCCAUCGAGGGUUGUCGUUUUUAUUGUUACCGGUGUGUAACCUUUUAAUUGCACGAGUUGGCCUACCUUCCUAAGACCUCGGUGAACUCGAGAAUUAUUGUUAAUUUAUCCUGAUAGGAUGACGUCACCUGUUUAUUGUUGUCACGUGUUAGUGUACAGUACGCUUAUCAUGUACACUGUCGGUGAGGUGAAAAUAGACUUGAAUGGAAAAUGGAUUUUAGAAGACGAAAAUGGCACAAUAUCAGUGACAGCAGUGAUUCCUGGCAGUGUUCACACAGCAUUGAUGUCAAAGGGCAUCAUCGGUGACCCCUACUUUAGGUUCAAUGACCUUGAGUACAGAUGGAUUGUGUACACAAACUGGACUUUUAGUCGCACAUUUGAAAUAUCAGGUGGUACAGGCUCAUUGUCGACUGUUCUGUUGGUGUGUGAUGGCUUGGACACAGUUUCAAGUGUGUACAUUAAUGGGCAGUGUGUUGGCAAAUCUGACAAUAUGUUUCUUCGAUACAUUUACAACAUCAAGAAAUAUGUGAAUCCUGGAAAUAACACGAUCAAAAUCAAAUUUGAGUCACCGGUGUCGUAUGCAUCAAAACAGGCAGCAGCACACCAGAAAUAUGACGUACCACCGGACUGCAAUCCACCAGAGUAUCAAGGCUUUUGUCAUCCCAACUACAUCCGCAAGGAACAGUGUUCGUUCAGCUGGGACUGGGGACCAGCAUUUGCACCUGUGGGUAUUUGGAGAAAUAUUAGCAUCGAACUGUUCCAGGCGGCUGCCAUAAGGGACGUCGUAGCAAUCCCAAUUUCCUCAAGGAACACUUUUUACUUUCGAAUCAAUGGUCAAUACAUAUUUAUGAAGGGUGCCAACUGGAUACCAGUGGAUGCCUUCCAGGAGCGAGUGACAAUGGAAAGGCUAGAGAACCUCUUCCAGUCAGCUGUCGAUGCUAACAUGAACACUCUCCGCGUCUGGGGAGGAGGGAUUUAUGAGAAGGACGAAUUCUACCAACUGGCUGAUGAGAAGGGUAUUUUGAUCUGGCAGGAUAUGAUGUUUGCAUGUGCUAUGUACCCUACAGGAGAUGAGUUCUUGUCCACGGUUGACAAAGAGGUUGAAUACCAGGUGAGGAGACUAAGCAACCAUCCUUCUGUGGUGGCUUGGGGAGCUAACAAUGAGAAUGAAGGUGCUCUUAGACAAAAUUGGUAUGGCACAGAUUCAAAUUUUAGCCUCUACAAGGCAGACUAUGUGAAGCUGUAUAUAACAACCGUGAGGCUGCGAUAUUUGCAACAGUACAACCAUGUACCAAUCUUGAGCUCAAGCCCAUCAAAUGGGGUGAAGACGGAGCAAGAAGGGUGGGUGGCUAAGAAUCCUGCAGACCCUUUAUAUGGUGAUGUUCAUUACUACAACUAUUCUGAAGACUGUUGGAAUGUGAGUAUUUAUGAGAAGCCCCGGUUCGCAAGUGAAUAUGGUUACCAAUCACUACCAUCAUUUUCAGCAAUGGCAAACAUUUCUGAGUCUUCCGAUUGGGAAUUUAACAGUAAUUUCAGCCUCCAUAGACAACAUCAUCCCAAAGGGAAUUCACAGAUGCUUUCAAUGAUAAAGAAACACUUUACAAUUCCACAACCCAUUGAUUCUGUAACAGACUACAAGAACAUGAUAUAUUUAACACAGAUAUCACAAGCAAUGUGUAUAAAGAUAGAGACAGAGCAUUACAGAAGACAUCAAAGUGAUCUUGACAAAAAUAAUAAAGGCUUGACAAGAGGCGCCCUCUAUUGGCAAUUGAAUGACAUCUGGCAGGCACCAACAUGGGCAUCUACUGAGUAUGGUGGAAAGUGGAAGAUGCUUCACUACUUUGCAAAAGAUUUCUUUGAGCAGGUGCUGGCUUCUGGCUUUGUGGUUGAUGGUCAGUUGAGUGUCUACGUCAUUUCAGACCUGGUCACUCCCCUUGUGAAUGCUAUGCUUAUAGUUAAGAUCUGGUCUUGGGACAAUUUCACGCCACGCCUUACACAGAACAUUACAUUUGAUCUUGAAGCACAAUCAUCUGCGUUAGUUCUGUCUGUCGACGGUGGCAACAUACUAGCCAAGGGUGGAUGUAAAUCAUGGAAUGCCUGCUUCUUCACAUUUGAGGUCAUGAUGGAGAACUCUACGGCUUCAGCCAACCCUCUCUUUAUCUCCUCCUUCUUUGAUGCUGAGGGCCUAGUUCAAGACCCACAUUUACAGAUCAAGAAAAUAACCCAGGAAGCUGGCACCUUUAUGAUUGAGAUUGAGAGCUCAUCAAUUGCACCGUUUAUGUGGUUAGACGUCGGGAACAUCCAAGGAAGAUUCUCACAAAAUGGUUUUAUCCAGCUACAGCCAAUUGUUGCCGUUGAGUUCUACGCAUGGGAAGACGUCAGCUUACACAGAUUCCAACAAGCCUUGACCCUUCGAUCUUUGACCUCAAAGACCACGAUCAGAAUGCUGUCAACUUUUUAUGAUCAAGUAUACGUAUACGUUGUGUACUUACUCAAACUGCUGAUAAACACUUUUUAUUUUGUUUAGGUCGGUGGCUUUUGGCUGUUACGAAGUCCUUGUUUGUUUUGUUUGUCUUUGUUUUUUGUUAGCCUUGCAAUAAUUAUGAAGUCAUUUUUAAUCCCUUUUGAACUAUAUUUGUCACAAAUUUAAUAUCUAAUCAAUACUUACUCUUAUAUUAUAAUACUAUAUAAACACUAAAAAUAUAUUUGAAACAUUUGGUAUAUUUUAAUUAUGUGUAAUUUUUGCUGAUUUCAAAAUUUAUUAUAUUACAUAGUUUUGAUCAAUAUGGAGCUUGGAAAUGAAUUUUAGAAAUUAAACAGAAACUUAUUUUGAAAACAAAA